CCUUGCUUUGCCUCCCUCCGGACCCAAGGAGGAUGACUCGCUUCGCUCUGACAGUUAUCCGACAUGGAGAAACAAGACUUAACAAGGAGAAAGUACUUCAAGGACAAGGAAUAGAUGAGCCUCUUUCAGAAACUGGAUUUAAGCAAGCAGCCGCCGUUGGCAUAUAUCUUAAAAAUGUCAAGUUUUCUCAUGCUUUCUCUAGUGAUCUCACGAGGACUAAGCAGACCAUGCAUGGCAUUUUGGAGAAAAGCAAGUUGUGCAAUAAUAUGACAGUAAAGUAUGAUUCGAGACUUCGAGAAAGGAAAUAUGGGGUUGCAGAAGGCAAGGCGCUGACUGAGCUAAGGACAUUGGCGAAAAUAGCUGGGGAGGAAUGCCCUACCUUCACCCCACCUGGAGGAGAGACGCUGGACCAGGUGAAAAUGCGUGGAAAAGUCUUUUUUGAAAAUCUUUGUCAGUUGAUCCUGGAAGAAGCAGAUCAAAAAGAACAGUUCUCACAAGGCGCACCAGGCAACUCUCUGGAAACUUCUUUAGCAGAAAUAUUUCCUUUAGCAAAAAACCUCAGAUCCGAAUUUAAUUCCAACGGCAGUACUCCAGGAUUAGCAGCCAGUGUCUUAGUUGUGAGUCAUGGAGCUUACAUGAGAAGCCUGUUUGAUUAUUUUCUGACUGACCUUAAGUGUUCCUUACCAGCAACUGUGAGCAAAUCUGAGAUUGCUUCAGUCAGUCCCAAUACAGGGAUUAGUCUCUUUAUCAUAAAUCUGGAAGAAGGAAAAGAAGGUAAACCCACAGUUCAGUGUGUUUGUAUGAACCUAAAGGAGCAUCUAAACGGAGUGACUGAAACCCACUAAGUUUAGACCUACAUCAAAAUCUAACCGUUUUGAGCCUCUGAGGGAGAGAGUGCCUUUGGCCUUAUUUAUUUCUGUCCUCUGCUAGUGCUGAUUUGCAAACAGUUAAAUCAGCAUUCUGUUAUAGCAGGUUAUAAAGUUUGAAUGCAAUCAUAGCCACAUAAGACACUAAUGUAAAACCAUUUAGAAAUGACUUAUUUGUUUGAGUUCAGUUGGCAUGUUCCAGAGUGAUUUUCCCAUCCUGCCCAGUUCCCUCUCCGGAUUGUAAAUGGAUGAAGGAACUCACUGUUGUAAGAUGAGGGAUUAAUAACCUUGUUACUGUGUUUCUUUCCUUUUUUCUUACAUUGAUUUUUUUUUUACUGUCUGAAAAUCUAGCCUGUUUAUUGGCUCUUGGUAAGAUACUGUAUGCUUUUUACUAUCUCAACCGGUGUUUGAGAGAAAAAACGGUUUAUUCUGUAAUUCCUACUGCAUAUUUAUAGUGACAAUGUUAUUUAAAAAAAAAAAAACUCUGUCCUUUAAAUGAAAACCUUUUACUGUCAUAAGUUUAUGUAAAGUAAAAUGACACUAAAGGGUUUUUUUUUUUUUUACAGGAAUCAACUGUUGGAAUUUUUUUGUAGUUGGUUUGGAAUGUGGGUGAAUGAAGGUUAUGCUUUCAGGAUGGUCUGGUGUGGAACAGAAGUUAAGGCAUUGUUUGAUUAAUGAAUUAAAGAAGGAGUCUCUGAGCAGGAGAAGAUAGAAGAGCAACUCUUCUAAAUGAUUAGUCUAAGUUAGUCUGUUUUGCAAAAGACAAGGUAGUGGAAGCUAAGAAAGCAAAUAAGUUUAGCUAAGAGAAUAAAGGUGAAAUAUCCACUUACUUAUCUAAACUAUAAGCUGAUGAACUUACAGUUUAAGGAAGGCUUUAGAGAAAAUGAACAGUUAACAGCACCACUAUACAGUAACCUCAGAAUAAAAGAGGAGGCACAGUUGAAAAUUUCAAGUGGUGCUGUGGUAACCAACUGGUUAAAUUGUGGAACGUACAGAUGAGUUUGCUGUUUCUUUCCACCAGAUGGCGCUGGAAAAAAGUGAUUUUGAUUAACUUAAUUUU